CAUGAAGAGGGUACUGACACUCUGUUGAAAUGGAUGGACGAAAUCCCUGAAAUCUUCGCCCGGCUUCAAACGGUUAACACGGCACAAGCACAACUAUUCCUUUCUCACUUUGGUUCUCUGUCCUCAAAGGGCUACCCCCCAAGCGUGUACCGAAAUCUUUUUAUGCAACUUACUGCGGAAGAAUCUAUCUUGCAAAUGAUAAACAGGUCGGCUCAAUAUAAUGUCUACAAAUUUCUUCUAUCACCUGGCACAGACUAUGUCGUGUUUGGUUGGGAUACCAAGUGUAUAUGAUGUUCGUAGGUACCACGAUGUCAGAAAAGAGGGAGGUUUAUCCCCCAGACAUGAUAUCUUUGUGCUUUUGG